ACGUCAUUGUUUCCUUGACGAUAGAACUUGAGUGCCAGAUCGAUGACAGCUCGAUUGAUAAGGAUUCGUAGAAAGGAAAAGGAAGGAAGAGCUCAGAAUUAUUUGAAGUUAAAGAUCAGGAGUCGCCAUAUGUUAGGAAAAACCAUCACGAUGAUAAUUUGUAUGUUAAAUAUUUUGUUUAACCUAGCAACAGCUUUGUCAGAUUCAAACUCUCUUUCUCCUGAUUUCAAGUUUGAACAUCAUGACAACCGAGAACUUAUCCAUGUUUUGAAGCAAGUCGCUGAACGUUGUCCAGAUAUAACACGAGUUUACCAGCUGGCAGAAAAAAGCAUUUUAGGCUGGCCUUUGUCUGUAAUUGAAAUAUCAGAUAAACCAGGAAUCCACGAACCAUUGGAGCCAGAAUUUAAGUAUGUAGGAAACAUGCAUGGAAAUGAAGUCCUUGGCCGAGAAUUAUUACUGGCAUUAGCAAACUAUUUGUGUUGGCAGUACAGAAAAGGUAACGAAGAAAUUCAAACCCUUGUCAACAACACCCGAAUUCACAUUUUACCCUCCAUGAACCCCGACGGUUGGCAGAUAUCCACUGAUCAGAAAGGAGGAAAAGACUGGUUGAUUGGCAGAAGCAAUGCAAAUGGUGUAGAUUUAAAUCGUGACUUUCCAGACUUGAAUGAAGUACUUUACAGUGAAGAACAACUACCGCUGCAUCAGACCCACCACUACUUUCUAGGUAGUCAGAUGAUAGAUCACAAACUCCAACCAGAAACAAGAGCAGUCAUGAUGUGGAUUCUUAAUAAUCCAUUUGUCUUGUCAGCUAAUCUUCAUGGUGGUGCUUUAGUGGCAAACUAUCCUUAUGAUGAAAGUCCAAGUGGAAAGACUCAAGAAUAUACUGCUACACCUGAUGAUCAAACAUUUAAACACCUGGCUCAUGCUUAUGCUUCAGCACAUAAAACUAUGUCGGGAAAACAGCAUAUAAAUUGUGGUGGUGAUGAUUUCACUCACAAGGGUGGAAUCACUAAUGGAGCAGCAUGGUACAGUGUUGCUGGUGGAAUGCAGGACUUCAAUUAUUUAGGAUCAAAUGACUUUGAGAUAACUCUGGAACUUGGCUGUAAUAAGUACCCUUCAGAGGAGCGGUUACCAAAAGAAUGGGAUAUUAACUCAAAGGCAUUAUUGAACUUUAUGUGGCAGGCUCAUAUAGGAAUCAAAGGUACUGUACGGGAAACAGGGACUGGGAGGCCUCUUCAGAAUGCUGUCAUUAAAGUACAUAAUAUCACUGAUGGCAAGGAUUUUCCAAUCAACCACGAUGUGACAUCAGUGAGAGGAGGAGAGUAUUGGCGACUACUGACACCAGGCACCUACAGAGUUACAGCUAUGAAAGCAGGUUUCCAGCCACAAAGCCAAGAAGUGACUGUUACUAACAUUCCCCAUCAAGAAGCACAAAGAGUUGAUUUUACACUGGCGAAAGAACCUGUCUACACAGAGUCUGAAAAUAGUUUAGAGGAGAAUAACAAGCCAGACAUCCCUAAUCUCAGCUUGUCUCGUCUCCUGGCCUACAUGAGAAGUCAAGAACGGUCAUGAAAAUAUGUAUUUACCUGAAAAAAAAAGGCUUCUAUUGAAAGGUUUUUCUUAAUGUAUUGAAACAGAUCUAGUCACAUUCAACAUAUAGUUGUUAUUAGUAAUUCAUAGUUUAUUAUUUUUUUAAUGUCUAAACCUUUAAAAGAAUCUUUAUAUUUCACUUUCUUAGUUUUAGCUUGUUUAUCCUGUAACUUUUAAGUAAAAUAGUGAAAGCGAAUGAAUGUUAUAGUGAUAUGUAGUGUUCCGACCCAGUUAUUAUAGGGAAAAAAAGUGGGCUCAACGUCACACCUACUGAAAUUUUAUUUUGUAUCUACUUCAUAAAUAUCAUGUUCCUUUAAUAUAGAAAAUACAUGUUUUUUUAGUUCAAGUAUAUGACAGAAAUCGUACCUCAAAUAUUUAAUUUUGCUGUUCUGUCCAGAUAUACAAUUUUUAUUUUGUUACAUUAAAAUUACACAAAAAAUGAUCACAAAUUCAAACUUAAAAGUUCCUUUUUCAUAACUUUUAAUGUUUAAGUUUACUAAGUAGACACACAUUUUAUGUAGAUGUAACUUGUUACUGCUUUUAAUUUUAAAUCAAACUGUCUUAAACUUCAUAUAACAUACUUGCCAAAUUUGUAUUUUUUUAUAUAUAUAUCUAUCAUAGUUUAUUGAAACUUUACUAUUAUAGUUGUUUUUAGUUACAGUGAAAAAGGUUAUCAAUGAGUAAAAAUUUAACACUGCUAUAAAAUUGGAUAUUGUUCAUAUGCAUAGGUGAAUCUUUGUUAGUUUUCAUACAGGUCCUUGAAUUUAGACUUGGUAAUUUAAAGGUCUUGAAAAUCCUGAAUUUUUUUCUGUGCUGAACAACAUACAGCUUUUGAAAAAGUUUGCAAAAAUGUACUAAAUAUCUAAUUAAUUCAGUGUAACAAUGUCCUAGAUGUAUUAUUUCAACAUGAUUUAAGAAUCUUUUUAAAAAAAAUAAAAUUGUAUUUGUAUAGAGAUGUAAAGGUUUUUAAAAGUCCUUAAAUUUUGGACCUGUAAGGUCCUAUAAUCCCUGAAUUAUUAGCUUAGUAGAGAUCUUAAACCUAUUUAAUAUCUGUGCAUAAAUAAUAAUGGAGAAAAACCGAGUUAGCUAAACUUUGUUUUCAUGAGGUAAAAAUAUUUGGCUUUCACUUUUAUAAAAUCUACUUUCUUAGUGGCAUUUUUACACUACUUAAAGAAAGGGUAUCUAAAAUGUCUUACACAAAAUAAAUGUAUUUAUUAUGUAGAAACUGAGGGAAAUUGUAUUUCUACGAAAUGUGUACCUGUAAUGAAAGCAUAAGCUUGCUUUCUAAACACUUGUCAUAUCAAAAAUGGAAGGUCAAACCAAGUAUAUAGUCAUGCAAGUUCUUACCCAUGACAGCUUAAUUUUUGUAAUUACUAUUAAUAUGAUGUUACAUAGGAGAGUUUAAUGGUAAUGAUAUAAAUUGUUGUAGUUUUUUACAAGUUAUGAAAAAUAGAAGAUAGUGUGUUUAUCACUAAUUCCUUUAAAGUUUUCAUCACAAAUAUUUGUUUGGUAAUUUUUACAGUAUUUUCAUUUUCCCUUUAACCCCCUUCUGUAAUUUGAAAAAGAUAUGUUGGGCAUCCUCUAUGUUUCAAAAAAUAUUUGCCUUACUUAAUUUGGGCAAAUCAUUUCUUGCUGUAUCUUUAAUUAUUUGUCCAAAUUUAUUUCAUAUGUUAUCAUGUAUUACAAUCAGUGCUUGCUAGGUGGCAUUGCAAAUGAUGUUUUUGCUGGUUUCUAAUGGAUUUAUUCUGAAUUAUGUGUCUAGUCAGUAGAACAUGCUGUUCUGUGGUGGGAGAGUCACAUUUUCUGUUUGUAAUCUGUAAAUUAGUUUUCGAUUUAUUUGCAUUCAAUUUUUAGUUGCUGAAUGGAUGUUGAAAGUGACAUUGAUUGGAAUGAAAUUGAAAACAACUUUUCUGAAAGUAAAACUACUAUCUCAGAACAGACUAGUUACAAUGAUGUUGCUGCUUUAUUACAAUUUUAGAUAUGGUGUGUUGUAAACACUACGAGGCAACUUUUCCCUCCUCCACAUAGGUUCCAAUUUCAUGGUGCUUCUUUAUUGAAUAUCAAUAUUGACCCUAAUGGUGACAUUUUGCUUUUUUUUAUUUUGAUGAUGUUUUAGUUUAUAUGAUUACAACAGGAACAAACCAUUAUGCAGCUCAGUUUCUCUAAGCAUGCUAAAGUAACUGUUGCCAAUCUCUUUGCAGUCAGUGGCAUCCCACAACAAAUGACUAAACAUGUACAUUUCUUGCCAUCAUAAAUCUAUAGAGUAUUAUGCAUAAACCUUAAUAGCAACUUUUUUUGGUCCAAGAAUCCUCUCAUUACACCUUUUUCUCCAAAAGUAUGUCUUACCGAAGGUUUGUAAUGUUGAAACAAUACCUUUAUUUCUCUAACAGUGAUACUUAUGACCAAAAAAUUACCCAAGUUCAAAGCUAAAUAAGAUAUGGUCUAUUUUUGAAUAUCUAAAUAAGAAAUUCAAGACAGUUUAUAAAUCAGACAGACAUUACUAUAGACAAAAUUGUCAUGCUGUUCAAAGAACAACUUGGUUGGAUGCAGCACAGUCCUCUAAAAAAAAGGCCAGAUUUGGUAUCAAGACAUUUUUGCUUUGUGAAUCAAAGUUAGGAAACACUUGGUCAAGCCGAAUUUAAACAUGAAAAGGAACAGUUGGUGAUGAAGAUUAUAAAUAGCUUCCUGUGUCUUUGCAAAUUUUGCUGUUUAAACCUUUAAUAGACAAGGGCUAACUGCCUAACAAUGGACAAUUUUUACACUUUCCCAUACCACUGACACACAGUAAAACUUCUAAGUAAAGAAAUGCCUCCAGACUUGAAAAUGACAAAAUGGGAAAUCAUGGCAUAUUAGCAUGGAAAGGUCAUUGACACGUGCUGGCAGGAUAAGAGAUGUAGGGUUUGUUCUGUUUUUCUAGUGCAAAUUUCAUGGACCACUGUAACAAUUUAAGUCUCCAGUUUACGAGUUCAACAAUUUUAAGUGUUGAUGAUGUUUAAUAAACUGUAAAAAUAUAUAAUUUGAAUAAGGAAUUUAUUAGCAAAAAUUAAAUUAAAUGCUUUUUUUAUGUUUAAAAUCUAUAACUUUUUAAACAGUAUUGCAAGCAAUAAUCUAAGAACGUACAGACCUGAAGUGAAAAAUUAAAUGAAGAAAUAAGAUAAAUCCAUUCUAGAAAAGCUAAUCUUGAACAGAACUUAUAUUUAUUUACAAAACCAAUUACCUGAGAUACAAGCUGUUAGCAAACUAUUUCAUUAACAAAACAUGACAAAUCAACGGGCAGCGGUUAAACAUUAUUGGAUCAAAUCCUGGGUGGUAGGGACACACUGCUGCUAUCUUUUUGAGCAAUCAGGUUCUUAACCUAGAUUGCUCUAGUAAAAACCUAACUGUAUAAGUUGGUACUAGAAUUUGCUUGUUAAAAUAAUAAUGUGAUAUCUAGUAACAAUUAUAAGUCACUCAAGAUAAGGGUAUCUGCUAAGAACUAAAUAAUAUUAAAAUGAUUUCUUUAGUUCCUUCAUUUUUUAUUCUAGUUCCACCUCAACAGAUUUAAGGUUUUUUCCAUAGCAGUUCUUCUCAAGCUGUUGGAUUUAGAAAUUCCACUAAAUUUUUCUGUGGUUUUGGCUUCUUCUGCACAUCUACUAUGAGGACUUAGAUACCUUCCUCCACUUUCUUUUUUGCCUUGAUGUUUGAAAGUUCCUCCGUCAAGGACCUUUUCUGACUUCUUUUUUGUUUUGAAACUCCUUUUCUCUAUGUUGGCCCUCCAUGUAUGUCUGUUAUUUCUAAUAAAAUAAAUAUCUCUUUGGAGUAAUUGACAUUUACCACACCUCCCAAACCAUGAACAUGAUCAUUAAUGACACACUGUACAAGGUUUUCCAGCAUCACAUCUUUGUUCACUAAAAAUCAAUGCUCAACUGUUGCUUGUCCAUGAGACAUGAUAAGCACAGUCUCUCAAAGAUGUCUAAACUCAGCUUCGUUAGCUAAGUGGUCAUGGAAGAAUAUAUUCAAUCUUCUACCUUCAGGUCUGAAGGAAAAUAAAUCUCAAAAAAGUGAAACAUCAUAAAAAUGGCUAAAUUCCUUCAAAAGUUCAUCACACUUGCUUUCUUGGAUACGACCUGCUUCAGUCAGGUAAGGUUUCUCUUGCAUGCUUCCUUAUAAAAGAUGAAGACCUCAGGAUCAAAUAAGAAAGUGCUGCAGUGGAGAAUUCUUCAGCAGUUUAGUUACCAUCUUCAGCAAAACAAAACAAAAAGACUUGCAGUUCCACUUGAAUUCCAAAAGUUGUUUGUCAGAUGGUUGUUUCUGAAAGUCAACCUUCAGAGUGGAUAUAUCCAUGUGAUUUACUGAGUUUUGGACAUCAGUUUAUAAAAGUUUAAAUGCAGAUGUAGGAUCUUUCAUUAUUUGAGGUUUGAAGAACCUUUCUAUCAGUCCACAGAGGGGGGUGAGAAACAUAUUUCUUUCUUGAUUCAUUCAUUCAGUAUAUGUAUAAGAAACAUCAUAAAAAAAAAAUUAGUGUUGAUUUAGACUUCACUCCCCCAUUCUCCUCAAAAGGUGGAUGUCUAAGGAUACCACCAAAUCCACUUUGUCUGAUAUACUAGCCCCCAAAAAGAAGACUAACCCAACAAGAUAGUGUGUGUAUUGUUUAAAGAAAUUGAAGUGAAAAAGCAGAUACUACUGUCCAGAUUACCAUGUCAGACUUUGUGUUGUGCCUUUUUUUGGAGUGUGCCAUACUAAGGCAGAUUUUUAAAAAUUGUCAUUUUUAUCUUAUAACAAUUAAUGUAAUUUCUUUUAUAUUAGAUCUUUAUAUUUGUUUUCCAAUAAACACUGGAGAAAAGCAUUUCUGUUCUCCACUAUAAUUUUAUUGAAGUAAUGUGUAUCACGUGUUAAUCAAUAUAUGUACCAUUUAUUUACCAAGUAUAUUUUGUGCAGAAAUAAAUAGAAAAUAACUUUUUGUGUUUCAUUAACAUAUAAAUAUAAGCUAUCAAAUACAUAAUAAAAAAAACCUGCUUCUUUUUUUAGUUCAUUUCCAAAAAAAAAAAGUGUUCACAGAAGGGGUUAACAAUAUUACCACCCACUUUUUUUUGUUACCAUGGCCCAGGUAAAGGAACUGUAAUAUAUAAUAAUCAUUGUAUAUUGGCACUUCUGUAGUGGCUUUUGGAUUUUCAUUGUUGAUACUUUAAAAUAUUAUUUUUGCUUUGAAGUCUACUCCUUCAAAUUCAUUAAGAAAAUAUUGUUCAUAUUCUUAAAAUAUUUAUUCUUGAUUAAUAGAAAAUAGUAUUCGUAGAAUGUGUGUUUUACUUUAUCAUACUAAUAUGAAAGUCAGCAAAAAAAAUGUAAGAGCUAAUUAUUUUGUUUAUUAAAACAAAGUAGAGGACUAACUUGCUAAGAAGCAGUUUAAAAAGCUUCAUAUGGUAGAAUAAAAUUAUUUGAUAUGAAACUUUUCUUUUGAUGGUAACAUUCUUACUCAGAAAUUAAAUGUUUAUAGAUCAUGUAACAUUCUAGUAUUUUUAAUUGUUUUAUACAACAUUAUUUAAAAAGUAGUAUAACUUUAGUUGGUAGUCUUUAAUGUAUAUUAGGAUAUUUAUUAACUGUAGAGUGUAGUAAUUAUCUUGUAGCCUAAUCGUAUCAAGUGUUGUUUUGUUACAGGAAUUAAGUUACUGAUUAUGUAUACAAGAGCCAUCCUUCUUUUAUUAUUUAUAUUAUCUUAAAAGUGAAAAAUCACGUGUGUAAUAAGACAAAAAUAUGUAAACAGUUAAAAAAUAUUAACCUGUUUUCUGCUAGUAAAUAAAAAAGUAUCAUCCUUG